AUGUUGGGACAGAGCAUCUGGAGGCUCACAAGCUCUGUGGUCCGUAGGAGCCACUAUGAGGAGGGCCCAGGGAAGAAUUUGCCAUUUUCAGUGGAAAACAAGUGGCGAUUACUACUUAUGAUGACUUUGUACUUUGGAUCUGGAUUUGCUGCACCUUUUUUUAUAGCAAGACAUCAGCUGCUUAAGAAGUAAGGAUGUUUUAAUUAACCCAUCAAACAGAUGUGAAAAGAACAUUUUAAGAGGUGCAGUCUCUUUGAAAAAUGGAUCAAACUCUUGAUUUCAACAUACUCAAUAUGUUUGUAAAUAAACUUAUGGCAUGAAUCCUU